CAUCACAGUUUGCUCAAACAUUUGGAAGGGAAUUUAGGGCCCUCCCCCCAACUUAUGAUUUUAUAGCCAAUAGGUGAUGAGGUUUAUUUGCAUAUUUCCAGUCACUUAAGCAGCCGUGGAGUGGGAACAGUGUCAGACUCGAUUCCUCUUGCUCCGAGGAAACCUGCCGCUUCCCGCUGUCUGGCUCUGCGCUGUGUCAGGCGACUCGAGCGCCGCAGGACCGAGGUCCAGCCUGCUCCCGCCGCCGGCUCCGCGGUCCAUCGGUCUGUCCCGCGUCCACCGUGCCCUGCAGUUCCUACCGAGGGACAAACCCGGAGAUGGAGAGCAAAGCGCUGCUCCUGGUGGCUCUGGGCGUCUGGCUCCAGUGUCUGACCGCCUCCCGCGGAGGGGUGGCCGCCGCCAACAAAAUUACAGGAGAAAGAGAUUUUGCAGACAUUGAAAGUAAAUUUGCUCUACGGACCCCCGAAGACACAGUUGAGGACACUUGCCACCUCAUUCCUGGAGUCCGAGAAUCCUUGUCUAACUGUCACUUUAACCACAGCAGCAAAACCUUUGUGGUGAUCCACGGCUGGACGGUGACAGGAAUGUACGAGAGCUGGGUGCCCAAGCUUGUGGCCGCCCUGUACAAGAGGGAACCCGACUCCAACGUCAUCGUGGUGGACUGGCUGUCGCGGGCCCAGCAGCACUACCCGGUGUCCGCGGGCUACACCAAGCUGGUGGGAAAGGAUGUGGCCACGUUUAUCAACUGGAUGGCGGAGGAAUUUAACUAUCCCCUGGACAAUGUCCAUCUCUUGGGAUACAGCCUUGGAGCGCACGCUGCUGGCAUUGCUGGGAGCCUGACCAACAAGAAGGUUAACAGAAUUACAGGCCUAGAUCCAGCUGGACCUAACUUUGAGUAUGCAGAAGCUCCAAGUCGCCUUUCUCCAGACGACGCGGAUUUUGUAGACGUCUUACACACGUUCACCAGAGGGUCACCUGGCCGAAGUAUUGGAAUCCAGAAACCAGUGGGGCACGUUGACAUUUACCCUAAUGGAGGCACUUUUCAACCCGGCUGUAACAUUGGGGAAGCUAUUCGUGUGAUUGCAGAGAGAGGCCUUGGAGAUGUGGAUCAGCUUGUGAAGUGCUCCCAUGAGCGCUCCAUUCACCUCUUCAUUGACUCUCUGUUGAAUGAAGAAAACCCCAGUAAGGCCUACCGGUGCAAUUCAAAGGAAGCCUUUGAGAAAGGGCUCUGCCUGAGCUGCAGAAAGAACCGUUGCAACAACUUGGGCUAUGAGAUCAAUAAGGUCAGAGCCAAAAGAAGCAGCAAAAUGUACCUGAAGACUCGUUCUCAAAUGCCUUACAAAGUCUUCCAUUACCAAGUAAAGAUACAUUUUUCUGGGACUGACAGUGACACACAGACCAACCAGGCCUUCGACAUCUCUCUGUACGGCACUGUGGCCGAGAGUGAGAACAUCCCUUUCACCCUGCCUGAAGUUUCCACCAAUAAGACAUACUCCUUCCUCAUUUACACGGAGGUGGACAUUGGAGAACUGCUGAUGUUGAAACUCAAAUGGAAGAGCGACUCGUACUUCAGCUGGUCCGACUGGUGGAGCAGCCCUGGCUUUGUUAUUGAGAAGGUCAGAGUAAAAGCAGGAGAGACUCAAAAGAAGGUGCUCUUCUGUUCCCGGGAGAAGGUGCCUCGUCUGCAGAAAGGAAAGACGUCUUUGGUGUUUGUGAAAUGCUACGACAAGUCUCUGAGUAAAAAGUCUGGCUGAAUCUACAGAAGGAAGAACAGCACAUGAAUUCUGCGGAGAAUGAAGUAACUUUUACAAGAGAAGCCCAGAGCUUUGGGUGGUUCAAAGUGAAUUUUCCUGAGUAUUAAUCCCAGCUAUCCUUGUUAGUUAUUUUCAGAGACAAUCUCAAAUACAAAAAAGUGGCUAAUUCAAUUUGAGCAGUACAGUGGCCAAAUAGCACAUUUUCCAACAUUAAAAAACAGCAGAUAUGAAAAGCACUGUUUGGGCUCGUGGUAAAAUAAUGAAGAUUCUUUAUGUAGUGAGUUUUGUCAUAGCCUACAACUGAUUAGAACCUCAUAUUUUUGUUGGAAUUCUGAAUUUUCUGGAUCGAUACAUUCUCAAAGUUUACUCCAAAUCUGAAUCUAGAAAAUAAUUUUUUGUCUGACUUAUUUCCUUACUGGUCAAAACACCUGCCUUUUUGGGCCUGGUUCCCCUCUUGCCAUGGGACGUGGCCCAGGAGCUGACCAGGAACCAGUGACUCGGAGCGAGGAGCUGAACCGAACCUUUAAACACUCCCUGUGGCUGGUUGCAUCAUAACUGUUACAAACUAAAGGAGACAGAAAAUUUAGAACAAUUAGGUUUUAAAAGGCUUUAGAGUUUAUGGCUUAACCUCUCCCCUUCUUUUCUUGCUGUUUCAAAGCUAUAUUUUAACAGUGUUCCCUGGGCGGGUGUUGAAAUGAGCCUGUUCCACUCAGCUGACACAUAAUUUUCACUAUGGAGAAAGAAAAUGAUCCCAUAAUUUUAGGAUCAGAUUUUCAAAACUGUUCAUCGGGGUGACGCCCUUUACAAUCCAAUGGUUUCUAUUCGGUUUUAGGCUUAGCUCAGUCAUACUUCAGUCAUACUCGGGGCAUGUCUCUUUCUCCCCUGGUUUUGAUAAGAAAAUGUGUUCAAAGUCAGAUUUUGCAUCACACAAACGCCUACAAAUUUUAGAUAAGGACCGUUUUUACUAAGUGGAGAGAUGGAAAAGUCACUGGGAUAUAUUCAUAAACAGUGUUUAUAGCCAUUAUGGGAGAUGAAAAGAAUCCUCAAUUGCCACAGCCACAGGAAAUGUCAUGAGAGUUGUUUUUAACAACUAGCCAGGAAUGAGUGAGCAAUUAUUUAUAAACUAGAUCUCCUGUGUUCAGAAUGCUUUUCUGUAUAUUAAUAUAAAACUAUAAAGAAGUCAAAUAUCUCAGAGGCUAUUGCUGGGAAUCCAAACUGUGAACACGUGUGGGCGCCUGAACACAUACAUACUCACAUAUGAACCCCGCACGCAUGUUAAUUACUUGGUGCGGCUUAGAAGGUGAAUGAUCUAAAGAUGUGUUGGAAUUUGUUGGCGUGGAAAUUGUUCCAGAGCUGCCAGAAAGUCAACCCUUCGUCUGAGAAAUGCAGUUGUACCUAUGCAGAGUAGGACGAAUGUUGUGGUUGAUAUCAGCCAGUUUGGCAUGAAUUCUCUCUAAAAAUAAAAUGUUGUGUGAUUAGUGGUUGGCAUCCCCCUUUAUUGCUAAUUCAUUAAUUUCCUGGAUUUGGGUUUUGAGGAAGGGUGCAUAAACCUAAGAACAUAUCAAUCAAAUCAGUGCAUGGCCCUGGGAACUCUGGCUUCUGUAGAGUUCACUCUAUAUCAUAUAUUAACAAUGCUUUGGCUUUGAGUGUUAUUUAUUAGCUGUAAAUAUAUGUGUGUAUGUGUAAAAGUGGGUUGUACAUAUGGGGAAGGUCACCAUGGCCAUCUGCAUUUGUAGAUGUGUGGUGCUAACUUUGUACAUGCCUUUAUCAGUGACAGUCUCACUGAGCCAGCUGACUCUGAUGAAGUAAUACAAUAAAAUGGGCUUUAAGAAAAACAAA